AUGGGGAAACUUAAAUCUACGGUGCCUGGGCCUUAUAAAAUUAGUAGCAUAGCUGCCCAUGUACCUGAUCUAGUUGUAUAUGCAGAUCUCUCUCGGGAAAUACCAUACGUUGAAAACUUUCACGGGGUCCUUCUAUUCGUCGAUAUUUCAGGAUUCACAGCCCUGACUGAAAAAUUCAGUAUAAGCAGCAAAAAAGGCUAUGGAGCAGAUCAGCUAACCAGGACACUUAACAAAUACAUUGGUGAUAUAGUACAUUAUAUUCUAACAUCAGGAGGAGACAUCUUGAACUACGCAGGAGAUGCUAUUUUGGCCCUUUGGAGAGUGGAGAGGAUCCAAUUGAGCAAUAUGAUCUCUUUAGCUGUGAAAUGUAGUCUCAAUAUUCAGAAUAAUUGCGACAACAGAGAAACUGAAGUGGGAGUCAAACUUAGGGUGAAAAUAGGCAUAUCUGCAGGGAAAAUUUUCAAAGUGGUAAUGGGAGAUAAAGAUUCAAAGUAUUUUGUUGUAAUUGGCCAUGCUGUGGACGAAGUUCGUCUUGCUGAAGGUUUGGCUGUUGCUCAUUCAAUUAUACUCUCACCUAAUGCUUGGGAAAUGUGCGACAGAGAUACUAUAGCAACUGACCCCAUAGAAAAUGAAAGAGCUGUUAAGGUAAGAUACUUGAAGAGAGAAUCGUUAUUUUCAGUUGAGACAUAUUUGGAGUCACUUGGAACGCCUCUACAGCACGAACCUAGUAAAAAUGUUUCUGUGAGGAAGACUUCAGGAUUACUGCCAGAUUCUGAACUUGAGAAAAAUCUACGAGAAUUUGUUAUGCAAACUGUUUUGCAAAAGAUUGAUGAUGACCAGCCUCUGGAGUACUUGUCAGAAAUGAGACCAGUGACUAUUGUAUUUGUUAACCUCCAAUUCAAGACGGGUACAACUGAAACAGAGCUUUGCUUGAUAAUGCAGAAUGCUGCCCUUGGAAUAGGCCAGUUGAUAAGGAAACAUCAAGGACGAAUCAAUAAAGUAUUCAUGUUUGACAAAGGUUGCACAUUCCUGUGUGUUUUUGGCCUCCCUGGGGACAAACGAGAGGACGAAUGUGCAUAUGCCUUGCUGUGUGCAUUUAAUAUCCAUGCAUAUUGCUCUAAGGAACUUAAAGUAAGUACCACUUCUGUUGGUGUUACAAGUGGCCCUGUGUUCUGUGGAGUUGUUGGACAUCCUGUGCGUCAUGAGUAUACAGUUAUUGGCCGAAAGGUAAACAUGGCAGCCCGCUUAAUGAUGUACUAUCCUGGAGUGGUUUCUUGUGACAAAGAGACAUGUGUCCAUUCAAAGCUGCCGUCGUUCUACUUUAAUGAAUUACCAAAAAGACAGAUGAAAGGUGUGCAGAAUCCAGGAACAAUUUAUCAGUACCUAGCCAGGAAACAGAAAACAGUUGGAAAAGCACGGAUGUCAAUGGAAAGAGUUGAAGGUUUUCACCUUUUAGGACGAGACAAAGAAAUUGAUGUUUUUAACAGUGCAUUGAAGCAGUUUUUGGAAUGCAGAAGCUCAGGUUCAAGAAACUAUAGAAAUGUUAUUAUGUACGAGGGAGAUGUUGGUUUUGGAAAAAGCAGUAUGUUGGCUGAAAUUGUCUACCGAGCAGCAAAAGAAGGAGUGAGGGUUAUUGCAUUUGAGAUCGCAAAGUCAGACAUUAAGCAGCAAUUCUAUACAGUACAAACCCUACUGGCAAUUUUACUGUCUGUGCAGAACUGUAAGAGUUAUGCUGAACGUGAGAGGUUAUUGCUUAGCAAGAUUACAGACCAAAAACAGCAAGAGAAUCUGUGCCUCUUAAAUGAUCUUCUUCUUGUUAAGUUUCCAGUUUCCAAAAAAGUGUCUCUUUUGGACAAUAAAACUAAAAUACAGGAAAUGAAGACUUUCUUUAUUGACUUAUGCAAGAAUGCACUUGAAGUUGAGGCAUGCUUAUUUGUUUUUGAUCAAGCACACUACAUUGACUUUUCGUCAUGGGAGCUUAUUAUAGAAUUGUGUGAGAAAACAUCAGUUUUUAUGAUUAUGGCACUCUGCCCCUUUAACCUUCAGAAUCCACCCUUUCCAGCUGCUGCCAAAGUGAUGAAAAAUCCCAAUACAUUGUAUGUGAAGCUGUCAGGACUGGAGCCAUCUGUAAUAGCACAGUUAGCUUGCCAAAUAUUGGGAGUUGUUAGAAUUCCUAGGGAGAUGGAACUAUUGUUGGUGGAACGAAGUCAUGGUGUGCCCUAUUAUUGUGAAGAGUUAUUAAAGAGCCUUUAUUUAAGCAAGAUGAUAGUGUUGGAACAACUAGAUGAAGAAGAUGAAGAAGAUUUUGAUAUUCUGUUUCCUGAACCAAAAAUAGUCAUUGAAAACCCCAAAGCAAGUCAAAGCUGCAAACCGGAAGAUGGGAAGCAAUGCAGUUCUAAAACAGAGCCACUAAGGACUCGUAUGAUCAAAUCACUGGAUAUGUCUUCAUUAGAGGAUCAGAAAUAUGUGUGCUUCAUUGGAGAAGCAGUGACAUUGCAUGAAAUCCAAAUUCCACUCACACUAAAAGGUAUGGCUUUGGCCCAGCUUGAUCAUAUGCAACCUGCAGAGCAAAUGAUAGUAAAGUUUGCUUCCAUAAUUGGGUACACUUUUACCACCCAGAUGCUGCAAUAUAUCCUGAUAGAGGGAACGGACCAAAAGUUAAAUCAGUCACUGGAUUCGCUCUUCGAAUCUCAUACUUUUGAAUGUGCCUCCAGACGUAAAGAAACUUGGCAUCCCUUUACAAUGGAGAAAAAACAUGAAAACACCCUGCAGUGCUUCUGUGCAACAGCUCAACAGAGCAUAAACCCAGAUAAUAUUGAGUCAGAAGUAACUGACAAGGCAACAAGUAAAAAUCAAACAGCCUGGAAGUGCAAGAUUAUGAGAUUCUGCUCAUCCCUUGUAAUGGAAACUGCCUAUGAGUUGUGGCUUAAGGAUCAAAGGAAGGCUAUUCAUUUGAAGUGUGUCACAUAUCUUCUGAACCAGGCUUGUCGGUGCCGCACGUGUGGUGGGGAUGAAUUUAUUUUAGGACAUAGUGCUGCUAUUGGUAUGAAAGUCCUAGAGAAUAACUCUGAUACUGUAAACAACCAACUGGAAAGUGUUGCAGAUAUAUUCGGAAGUUCAUCAAGUUCUUAUGGAAAAUCCAGAACUGGACUCAACAAAGUUGCCCCUAUUGAUAGUAGCCGUUUUGAAGGCAGCUUCCUGGUAAAACUAAAUGACAUUUUGGUAGGGAGUGAAGAAGUUGCUCAGACCUGUAGAAAGUGUAAAUGCGCAGAUAUUGUGGAAUGUGUUUUAUGUCCCAUGGUCCGACAUUGUAUGGGGGUGGGCGAUGUACCAAAGACUUUCUACUUCCUGCUCGAAACUGCUGCUGCUGCUACAAUUCUAUCCAAUAACUUAAAGGCCUUGUCAUAUCUAAAUGAAGCGACAAUCAUUCUGGAUUUGUUAAGAGCUGGGAAACCUCCAUUUGAAACAGCUGAGUCAAAGGGCAAAGUAAAAAUCAGGUGCUUUGAGAAGGCAUGUGCAUAUCGCCUUAAAGGAGAGGUUCUGUUUAACACAGGCCAAAUAAAAGAAUCCCAAGAUAUGUUUAGAAUGGCUUUGAAGCUGCUUAAAAGAAGACUUCCAAUGAAUGUAAUUGAAGUGUUGGUUAAAUACAUGGUUGAGAAAGCAAAAUCUGUGUUGCUCCAUUUUCUCUGCCCUUUUUAUUACAGGGAGAAAAGAUUAGCAUUUUUGCAUCAACAGAUCUGUUGUCUGUCCUACAUGUGGCAAAUAUACUGCAUGAACAGAUCACCAGGGUACAAAAGGACCUCCUCCCUUGUUAUUCUAAUGGAACUGAACACCGCAAAACUCUGUUUGGAUCAGAAUAAGAUUCUUUCUGCGCACAUUGAUUCUUUCCAUUACUGUCAGAUCAUGGGGUUAGUAGAUGAAUGCAAACGAUAUGAAGAAUUUCUAAUUAAAACAUGUGCUGAACUUCCACAUACUGCAGAAAGAUUAAUGAUGGUUGGUAACUUUGCGCAUACACUAUCCACUGUCAGACUGUGCUCUGGAAAGCUAGACGAAUCCAUUCAAUACGGUUACCUGGCUCAUAAGUUUGCAGAGUUGCUGAACAAGCCGAGUUUUGAUGUCAUUGCUAUUUCAUUGAUGCAUAUACCACUGUUGCUCACUCACAGGUAUGCUGAUUGUGUUGAACUGCUGUGUAUUCUAGAAUAUCUUGUAAAUACCCUUCAGAAUAGCAUUGGAAAAGGCUGGUUCUAUGCAGCGUGCUUCGACAUUCUUCUUGAAGGAGGGUUUGCUUUGAAACAAUUUGAUGAAUGUUUGAGCUUUGUUGAAGAGGCCCAAUCUGACCCAAUUAUCAUGGCAGAGAAGAGCUUAAUGCUGAACCUAUAUGCAUCAUUAGCACUUUGGUUUGCAAGGCUUAAUGAAUGGGAUCAAUCACGUUACUUUUUUGUGAAAGCUCUAAGAAUCGUGGAUCAGGCUCCAUCAUCUGUUUACUCUAUUAAUGGACAUGUCAAGUUUUUAGAGUGUUUUGUUCUGGUGUUCAGGAAGGCUUUGGUUGACAAGAACAACCACACUGUGGAGAUUUACAAUAGGACACAAAAGCACUUCAGUGAUUUCAAGUCAAGAUAUGCAACCUUCGUGCAAUAUGAUCCCAGGUUUCUUCAUCUUAAAGCAUAUAUGUACUUAAUAUCCGGGCAGCUGAAGUUAGUGAAAUCUUUUCUGCAAAAGGCUUUGAAAAUUAGCCAGAAUCACGGCAACAAGUUAGAGGAGUGUUGGAUCAGGUUAAGUGAGGAUUCAUGGUUUGGAACGACUGAACCACCUGCAGACCAAUGGCUGGAAACUGUUUUGAAUUUGCCCAGUUGGGAGACUGCAGCACAGAUGGAUGUAAAUCUGCUGUCUAAAUCAAAAUACCUUUUGCCUGGCUUAAGAGAUUCUUACAAUGCAUGUUAAGGAU